AUGAUAUAUCUGUAUAAUUGAAACGUCGAUUCACAUUCGAACCCCCACCUCCCAAUAGAAUUUUCAUAUUUUUUAAAUCAAUUUCCUCAAUUGUUAAUUUGUGUCGUUCGUUAUCCUCAGUAUUAUCUCCCUCCAAAUUGACCGCUCAACCCAGCCCUCUCUCCCAUCACUGCCGGUACUUGUUUCCCGGAGGCCGGAAAGCCCUGCGCUCGAAGGGAUCGAAGCUUACUCAUCUCAAUCCAACAAAGCCCCUCCUGCACCAAAGCUGAUUGAGAAAGAAGAUUGAAGCGGUUGAAAUAAGAAUUGGGAAUAAUGUCUGCGACGCUGUUGUCUUAUUACAAUCCAAGUCUAGCUUGUAAUUACGGGAAGAUGGAUGCGAAACGCAUUGCAUUCGGACAGUUACGCUCUAUUGGAAGGAGAAACAAUGGCCAUCGCAACCUUACUGUGUUUGCCGCUACAGAAGGGUCUGCAAAAUCGAGCGAGUCUGAAGAAACAAUUCCUUCUUGGGCCAAACCUGAUUCUGAGGAGCCUCCUCCUUGGGCAAGGGAGGAAGGCAAAGAAAUUGGAACUCAACAGGGAUAUCAGGUCCCUUUCUAUGUUUACUUACUCGCCUCAUCUAUCACUGCAAUUGCUGCUAUAGGUUCUGUAUUUGAGUACGUCAACCAGAAGCCUGUCUUUGGAAUUAUAAAUUCAGACAGCAUAUUUUACGCUCCAUUGCUUGGAUUUUUCGCAUUUACAGGCAUUCCCACUGCUGCAUUCCUUUGGUUCAAAUCUGUUGAAGUGGCUAAUAAGGAAGCUGAGGAUCAAGACAGAAGGGAUGGGUACUCGUAGAAUACUUUCCCAAACACGAAUGUAUGGUCCCUUGGAAGUAGUAACGCUGUUUAGGCUUUUUUUUUUUUUUUUUUUUUUUUUUUUUUUUUUUUUUUUUUUUUUUU